AUGCCUGGUGAGGCCACAGAAACCACCCCUGCUAUCGAGCAGGAGUUGCCACAGCCCCAGGCUGAGACAGGGUCUGGAACAGAAUCUGACAGUGAUGAAUCAGUACCAGAGCUUGAGGAACAGGAUUCUACACAGGUAACUACACAACAAGCCCAACUGGCAGCAGCAGUCAGUAAAGCAAAACAGAGCCAGAGUGGAAAGAAGGUACGGAAGGCUAUGUCCAAAUUGGGUCUUCGGCAGGUCACAGGGCGUACUAGAGUUGCUAUCCAGAAAUCUAAGACCAUCCUCUUUGUCAUCACAAAACCAGAUGUGAAUAACUGCCCAGCUUCAGAUACCUACAUAGCUUUUGGGGAAGCCAAGAUUGAGAACUUAGCAAGCACAGUUAAGGCAGCUGCUGAGAAAUUCAAAGUUCAAGGUGAUGCUGUCUCAAGCAUUUGAGAAAACAUGUCCAACUGUAAAGAGGAGAGUGACGAGGAAGAGGUUGAUGCAACAGGUGUGGAAAUUAAGGACAUAGAACUGGUCAUGUCACAAGCGAAUGUGUCUAGCGCAAAGGCAGUCGGAGCCUUGAAGAACAACAGUUAUGAUAUUGUAAAUGCUAUCACGGAAUUAACACUAUAA